CCUGCCCCCCUCAGGCUUGCCUCCCCAUCAUGACCGAGCUGAUCCAGAAGCAGCUGCUGGGAGAAGUGGAGAAGCACCAACAGCUACAGAAGGAUUUGAGUAAAUCCAUGUCAGGGAGACAGAAGCUGGAAGCACAGCUAACAGAAAACAACAUCGUGAAGGAGGAACUGGCUCUACUGGAUGGAUCCAACGUGGUCUUCAAACUUCUGGGCCCCAUGCUGGUUAAGCAGGAGCUGGGAGAGGCGCGGGCCACCGUGGGCAAGAGGCUGGACUACAUCACAGCUGAAAUUAAGCGAUACGAAUCCCAGCUCCGGGACCGGGAGUGGCAGUCGGAGCAGCAAAGGGAAACCCUUGCCCAGCUGCAGCAGGAGUUCCAGCAGGCCCAGGCAGCAAAGGAAGGGGCACCUGGGAAGGCCUGACCUCACGGGGUGGGGUGGGGGAACUCCAGGGUCUGGACUAUAGUAGCUAAUAAAAUGUGAGAAUGCCUGGCU